AUGAAUCUGAUUCGAUAGAGUGAUACUAUAGAAGACAAGCUCAAAAAGUGGCAAUAGGUCCAAAAAAAGAAGUAUGCCGAAAAAAGAAAGUUUGGGUUUGUUGAAGGACAGAAAGAGCCUCAACCUCCUGAAAUUUUAAGGAAAAUUUUCAAGGAUCAUGGAAAUUUAGAAUCUAAGAAAUAUAGACAAGAUAAGAGAGUAUAUUUGGGUGCAUUAAAAUAUAUGCCACAUGCAAUUUAUAAAUUAUUGGAGAAUAUGCCUAUGCCAUGGGAAUAGGUAAGAACUGUGAAGGUUCUUUAUCACAUUACAGGGUCCAUCACAUUUUGUUAUGAGAUACCAAAGGUGAUUGAACCAGUUUAUACAGCUCAAUGGGGUACAAUGUGGGUGAUGAUGAGAAGAGAAAAGAGAGACAGAAGGAAUUUCAAAAGAAUGCGAUUCCCCCCAUUUGAUGACGAAGAAAUCCCAUUGGAUUAUGGAGACAAUAUCUUGGAUGUCGAACCUUUGGAACCUAUACAAAUGGAAUUGGAUGAAAGAGAAGACAAUGCUGUUUUUGAUUGGUUUUAUGAUCAUUAACCAUUGAGAUAUACCAAGUUAUUGAAUGGUCCAAGUUAUCGAUCUUGGUAAUUAACAUUAGAAGUUCAACAGAAUCUAUUUAGAUUGGCUAAUCAAUUAUUGUCAGAUAUAGUUGAUCAUAAUUACUUCUAUUUGUUUUAACUUCAAUCCCUUUACACUGCUAAAGCAUUGAAUAUGGCUAUACCUGGAGGACCAAAAUUUGAGCCUCUCUAUAGAGACAUAUUCGAGGAGGAUGAAGAUUGGAAUGAAUUCAAUGACAUCAACAAGAUUAUUAUUAGAUAAUAAAUUAGAAGUGAAUACAAAAUAGCCUUUCCCUUUUUAUAUAAUUCGAGACCAAGAAGUGUAGCUAUUGCUCCAUAUCAUUAUCCAGCUAAUGUAUUUAUUAAGUAAGACAACCCUGAAAUACCAACAUAUAAUUUUGACCCAGUGAUAAAUCCUAUUUCUGCCUACAGAACAUAGAGUAGAAAGAUUGAUGUUUAGAUAGAUGAUAGUGAAUUGGAUAUUGAAAUAGGAGAUGGAUUUGUACCAUUAUUAGGUGAGACAGAAUUAUCUGAUGAACAAACAACUGCCUCUAUUGCUCUCUUAUGGGCUCCAACUCCAUUUAAUCAAAGAACAGGUAAGACUAGAAGAGCAUUUGAUAUACCUUUAGUGGCACCUUGGUUUAAGGAAAGAUGCAAUCCAUAGUAUCCUGUUAAGGUUAGAGUUUCAUAUUAAAAACUAUUGAAAUGUUGGGUAUUGAAUAGUCUUCACAAAAGAAAACCAAAGUGUUAAAAUAAAAGGAACUUGUUGAAAGCAUUUUAAGCAACAAAAUUCUUUUAAUUAACUGAGAUUGAUUGGGUUGAAUGUGGUCUAUAGAUAGCACGUUAAGGAUACAACAUGUUGAAUUUAUUGAUUCAUAGAAAAAACUUAAAUUAUUUGCAUUUAGAUUACAAUUUCUAAUUGAAACCAGUAAAGACAUUGACAACAAAGGAAAGAAAGAAGUCAAGAUUUGGUAAUGCAUUUCAUUUGUGCAGAGAAAUUUUAAGAUUAAUGAAGCUGGCAUGUGAUAGUCAUGUAUAAUACAGAUUAGGUAAUAUUGAUGCCUUUUAAUUGGCUGAUGGAUUAUAAUAUGUAUUCUCACAUGUUGGUUUGGUGACAGGUAUGUAUCGUUACAAAUACAGAUUGAUGAGAUAGAUCAGAAUGUGUAAGGAUUUGAAGCAUGUCAUUUAUUAUCGUUUCAAUACAGGUCCAGUUGGUAAGGGACCAGGAGUUGGAUUUUGGACACCUAUGUGGAGAGUAUGGUUAUUCUUUUUGAGAGGAAUUAUCCCAUUGUUAGAGAGAUGGUUAGGAAACUUAUUGGCUCGUACAUUCGAGGGCAGACAUUCUAAAGGAAUAUCUAAGACUGUCACUAAAUAAAGAGUGGAAUCUCAAUUUGAUUUGGAAUUAAGAGCAGCUGUGAUGUCUGAUAUCAUUGAUAUGAUGCCAGAAGGAGUGAGAGCUAACAAAGCUAAGACAAUACUUUAACACUUGAGUGAAGCUUGGAGAUGUUGGAAAGCCAAUAUUCCAUGGAAAGUUCCAGGGUUACCUGCUCCAAUAGAAAAUAUUAUAUUGAGAUAUGUGAAAUACAAGGCUGACUAUUACACAAACUCAGCAUAUUAUAAUAGGGAACGUAUAAGAAGAGGAGCUACAGUUGAUAAAACAGUAUGUAAAAAGAAUUUGGGAAGAUUAACACGUCUAUUUUUGAAGUAAGAAUAAGAAAGAUAGCAUAACUUUAUGAAGGAUGGUCCUUAUUUAACAACCGAGGAUGCAGUUGCUAUUUACACAGCCUUAGUCAGAUGGUUAGAAAGCAGAAAGUUCAUUCAUAUUCCUUAUCCACCUGUGAAUUACAAACACGACACUAAGUUAUUCUUGUUGGCUUUAGAAAGAUUGAAGGAAGCUUAUUCAGUCAAGAGUAGAUUGAAUCAAAGUUAAAGAGAAGAAUUAGCAUUGAUUGAAUAGGCAUAUGAUAAUCCACAUGAGGCAUUAAGCAGAGUGAAGAGACAUCUCUUGACUUAAAGAGUGUUCAAAGAAGUGAGAUUAGAGUUUAUGGAUCUAUAUUCUCAUUUAGUGCCUGUUUAUGAUGUCGAACCUUUAGAGAAGAUCACAGAUGCAUAUUUAGAUUAGUAUUUGUUCUAUGAAGCAGAUAAAAGGAGACUCUUCCCUAAUUGGAUCAAACCAAGUGAUAGUGAACCACCUCCUUUAUUAGUAUAUAAGUGGUGUUAAGGAAUUAACAAUCUACAUGGAAUAUGGGAUGUAUCUGAUGGUUAAUGUGUAGUAUUGUUAGAAAGCAAAUUUGAAAAGGUUUAUGAAAAGAUCGAUCAGACAUUAUUAAAUAGAUUGUUAAGAUUGAUUGUUGAUCAUAACAUAGCAGAUUAUAAUGACUGCCAAGAAUAAUGUUGUCAUCACUUACAAAGAUAUGAAUCAUACGAAUGUUCAUGGUGUUUUACAUUGAAUUCAAUUUACUAGUUUUAUUAUGCAAUUUUAUGGUAUGGUUUUGGAUUUAUUGAUUUUGGGUUUAAACAGAGCAUAAGAUUUGGCUGGUCCAUAUAAUAAUCCUCAUGA